AUGGUGAAAGUGAAAACUUUUUUAAUAGCAGACAGUGGUUAUGAAGAUAAAAGAAACAUGAUUUUCGGAAGACAGAUCUGGACUGCGUUUUUACUAGAUUCCGAGGUUUGGUAUGCUGACGGAACCUUCAAGUUAGCUCCCCCGUUAUUUGUACAAGUUUAUGUAAUUAUGGCAAGAAGACAUGGAGGAGUUCACCCGGUUUUUUAUGCCUUAUUACCAAAUAAAAAGCGUGCAACUUAUGUACGCAUGUUUCAAAUGAUGAGUGACGAAAUUCCUGGAUUAAACACAAGCAGAAUAUCGUGUGACUUUGAACAGGCAGCUAUAUCAGCAAUGGAAGAAUGUUUUCCAGGAGUAGUGAUACAAGGUUGUUUCUUCCAUUUAGCACAUAACGUACUUAAGCAACUUAAACAAAUUGGGCUUCAAGUAGCAUUGUGUUUUAUGCCUAUUCCUCAUUUGGAUACUUACAUCGAUGCCUUGUCAGAAGACUUGCCGCAAGAGCUUCAAUCACUUAUUAACUGGCUUGAGGAUAAUUACGUUGGACGACCCAUGAGAAGAGGCAAUGGUAGGCGCUCGCCUCUUUUCCCUUCUAAAAAGUGGAAUCAAUAUGAACGAACCAUCGCUGGACUGGACAGAACUAAUAAUCACGCAGAAGCUGCGCAUAGAAGAAUAUACACGGAAUUAGGAGUUAACCACCCCGUGAUAUGGAAAUUUAUCAACUCCCUGAGAAAAAUUCAAAAGACUCGCGAUGUUUACUAUGAACAAUUGGUUGCUGGCCAUACUCCAAAACAAAAACUUCUAAAGUAUUUGAGAGCUGGCGAGCGCAUUUUAAAUAUUGUAAGCCAAUUUGCUCAGAGAGAACCUCUAGAAUAUUUGCAUGGCUUAGCCCACAAUUAUGAAAUUCACUGA